UUGCGGGGCCGGGGCCGGGGCCGCUCCCGCCGCUGCCGCCGCCGGCGGCUCCGCCGCUCAGCGCUGCGCGGGUGCGCGCCUGUGUGUGCGUGCACCUAGAGCGGAUAAUUGGAGAGGGUUUCCAGAAGGUGGAAAAUGUCACCUGAUUCACACUGAACUUUUUAAAUCUCCCCACCCCCGAGCAGACACACACACACAUUAGGAGACCGCCCACCGCAGACAGCUAGGACCCCCGUAUAGAUUUAAAGAGAGACUGCAUUCAGAGCCUGACGUUCAUUCAAUAGAGCGAUCAUAAGCAGGCUGGCUAGUGCUCGCUCCCUCUCCCUACUCCCCCUCACGCUGUCUCUGCGUCUCUCUCACUCCCUGCUAUACUGAGGAUGUUAAAUCAGAGAAUCCACCCGGGCAUGCUCUUAAUCCUGAUGUUUCUGUGCCACUUCAUGGAAGAUCACACAGUGCAGGCUGGGAACUGCUGGCUCCGGCAGGCGCGGAACGGGCGCUGCCAGGUCCUCUACAAAACCGACCUCAGCAAGGAGGAGUGCUGCAAGAGCGGCCGCCUGACCACGUCGUGGACGGCGGAGGACGUCAACGACAACACGCUUUUUAAGUGGAUGAUUUUUAAUGGGGGAGCCCCAAACUGCAUCCCGUGCAAAGAAACAUGCGAGAAUGUGGACUGUGGACCCGGGAAGAAAUGUAAAAUGAACAAGAAGAAUAAACCUCGGUGUGUUUGUGCUCCGGAUUGCUCUAAUAUCACUUGGAAAGGCCCCGUGUGUGGCUUAGAUGGGAAAACCUACAGGAACGAGUGCGCCCUUCUCAAAGCCAGAUGUAAAGAACAGCCCGAACUUGAAGUCCAGUAUCAGGGCAAAUGCAAAAAGACCUGCAGGGAUGUCUUGUGCCCAGGCAGCUCCACAUGCGUGGUUGACCAAACCAACAAUGCCUACUGUGUGACAUGUAAUCGAAUUUGUCCAGAGCCUACCUCUCCUGAGCAGUACCUCUGCGGGAAUGACGGCAUAACCUACGCCAGUGCCUGCCACCUCAGGAAAGCCACCUGCCUCCUGGGAAGAUCCAUUGGAUUAGCCUAUGAAGGAAAAUGCGUCAAAGCCAAAUCCUGUGAAGACAUUCAAUGCAGUGCUGGGAAGAAAUGCCUGUGGGAUUUUAAGGUUGGCAGAGGUCGGUGUGCCCUCUGUGAUGAGCUAUGCCCUGAAAGCAAGUCAGAAGAAGCAGUGUGUGCCAGCGAUAACACAACUUACCCAAGCGAGUGUGCCAUGAAAGAGGCAGCUUGCUCCAUGGGUGUGCUUCUAGAAGUUAAGCACUCUGGAUCUUGCAACUCAAUUAAUGAAGACCCAGAGGAUGAAGAGGAAGAUGAAGACCAGGACUACAGCUUUCCUAUAUCUUCCAUUCUAGAGUGGUAAAACCUCCAUCACUAUUGGAACAGCCAUUGGGCACAAAAUCAAUGUCCGUACUGUAAAUAAGUGUAUGCUUAUUUAUUUUGGGGAGAAAAAAAAGAAUACAUAUAGUUGAGUCUCGUAGACAUUUAUUUAUACUGUGUCAUGUUUUAUAAUUUAUACAUAAAAUGUCUGGUUGACCGUACACCUUGUUUUUUGAAGAAAUUUAUUCGUUACGGGAAGAGCAGUGUUAUUUAUUGUGAGGUCUCUUGCUUGUAAAGUAAAGCUUUUCUUUUAUCUUGUGAACUAUGAAAGUCCAUUCCUUAGAGCCUACCCACAUGAUCUCAUUUCUUUGUUUCACUGAUGUUAACUCUUUUCCACUUUAAAAAACUUGCAUGUCAACUUCUGUUAUGUUUAUUUAUUGGAUUUUCUUAUCACCAGUUCUGUGCAUAAAAGAUCCCUGUGUUUUUGUUUACAAGGAAUCUUGACUGACCAAAAGGCGUUGUAACUGACUUAAGUAUACUUUCAAGGUGCAGUGAGGCAAUCUUUAAGGAAACUACUUACACUUCAUUUUCUCUAGUUCUGAUUACAUUGUGUACUGAAAUUAUCUCAGUGUACUGAGAGUUUAUACUGUAUUAUACAAAUUUUGAACCCAAAGAAAUUGGAUUGUGAAGUUUGAUAACAGCUACAGGCCUAACUGUAGUAGGAGUAAAGAUUUUAUUUUAUUUUUAUUGUUUUUUUUCUUUGUAACAUGCAUAAGAGUUUUAUCAGGUGUUUCCUUUAAGAUGGUCUUGCAGUACCACUUUCAAAGUUUUCUUUCUCAAUCAGUGUGUUGCUAAAAGUUAUAUCAAAGCUUUAUCAGUUCAAGUUUCUUGCUUUUCAUAAUACUUUUUUUCUGAUGCAAUUUUAUAUUUUCAAACAUGGCGAGUUAAAUAUAAAUUCAUUUAAAUAUAUAGUUUUGUACUUUUCUACCAUGUAAAUGUGCAAUGUAUAUAAAAAGUUAUAAUGUGUAUUUGUAAAUAAAUGAUGAGUGAAAAAAAAAAUAAAAAGUGGAAUUUUCCCUA